AUGAGCAUCCGGACGCCACCCACACUCCUGGAGCUGGCAGCAAAGCGCCUGCUGAGGGACCAGGCCUCGGCCAUCGCAGCUCUGGAGUACCUGCCCGCGGAGCUCUUCCCGUACCUGUUCGUCAUGGCCUACCGUGGUGGACACCGCCCCCAGCUACUGAAGGCGAUGGCCCAAGCCUGACCCUUCACUGUCCUCCCUCUGGGGGUCCUGAUGCAGCAUCCCCCUGAUCAUGCACCAACCAGGGCCAUGGGCUUAAAAGCCAUGCUUGACGCGCUUGACGUUCUGCUUUCCCAGGAGGUGCAAACUGAGGUUCGGCCCAGGAGGUGCAAACUGCGGGUGCUGGAUUUAAGCAACACGGGUGCCAACUUCUGGGAUAUGUGGUGUGGAGUCAGCACCCAGAAUUGCUCACCGAUGGGACCAGUGACUGUGUUCCUAGACCUUAACUUCAAUGAAAGGGACCGGGAUAAGUUUUUCAUGCACAUCAUCCAAUGGGCCCAGCAGAGGGAAGGGUUGCUACACCUGUGCUGCAAGGCGCUGAGGAUUUCUGAGGUGCCCUUCCAGAGGGUCAGGAGGGUCCUGGAUAGGGUGCAGCUGGACUGCAUCCAGGAGGUGGAAGUGCACUGCACCUGGGACCUGCCCACCCUGGGGACAUUUGCUCUCUACCUGGGUCAGAUGAGUAACCUGCAGAGACUCUCUCUCCCCGACAUCGAUGAGGAGCAGCGAUCCUUUUCCCAAUUCCUCUCUCAGAUGCUCAGGCUGUGGCACCUCCGGGAGCUCCACAUGCAUUCUCCCUCCUUCUUCCGAGGCCGUCUGGACCAGAUGCUCAGGUGCCUUCAGACUCCCUUGGACGAACUCUCCCUAACAUAUUGCCAGCGGCUGACGCAUUCAGACCUGACACACCUGUUCCAGUGCCCGAACCUCAGGCAGCUGAAGAUCCUGCAUCUAUUGGGCCUCAGCCUUGCAGAUUUCAGUCCCGAGCCCCUCCGAGUUCUGCUGGAGGCAGUGGCACCCACCCUCCAGGACCUGGGUCUGGAUAACUGUGGGAUGGCGGACUCCCAAGUCGAGGCCAUCCUGCCUGUCCUGAGCCGCUGCCACCAGCUCAGGAAAUUCACCAUCUCUAUAAACAACUUCCCCGUGGCCACCGUGGAGAAGCUGCUGCGCCACACAACCGGGCUGCGCAGUUUAGAGGUCGAGGUGUACCCCGUCCCCCUGGAGUGUGACGGGACCCAAGGGACUGUCAACCAGGAGAGACUUGCCCUGAUCCGGGCUGAGCUGACAGGGACCCUGAGGGAGUUAGGACAGCCCAGGACCAUCCAUCUUGGCAUGAACCACCAUAGACAUAGGGAGUUUUAUCACGUGGCAUUUUCAUGA